UGAAGAAUUCCUUUCUUAGAGAGACCGUGAGAGCAACAUUUUUCUAAUUCCACCCCAAGCGAAAAUCUUUUAUAUAAAAAAUAUUAUAUUCCCAACUUGUAUUUGAAACCUGAAGCAUUCAUUCAUUCAUUCAAUCAUCAAAUUUUAUGGUGCCCGAAUAGACUUCUUUUGAAUUCUCGUUUCUAAACUGUGAUCGUGAAGCGUCAUCAUAAAAAAACUUCAAAUCCAUGGAAGAACAAGAGAGAGAGGCUUUCUUUUCAAAGAACACGGCACUUUCUUCAUCAGAACAUUCAAAUCAUGAAUCCCCUAUCGAAUUGAAGAGUUACAGUUCAGGUCUCAAAUGGGUAUUUCUUGAUUAUUCUAGUCUAUGGCAAGCUGGGCUUUCAUGGUCAAUCUUUUUUCUGCUUAAUAUCGGCGUUCCACUUGUAUCCCACUUUCUUUUCUCUUGUUCAAACUGUGAUGCGAAGCACCAGAGACCUUAUGAUACGAUCGUGCAAUUAUCUCUUUCGGUAUUUACUGCACUUUCUUUCAUUAGUCUUUCUACUUUUGGGCGUAAAUAUGGCGUCCGAAAAUUUCUGUUCCUUGAUAAAGUGGCUUAUGAGAGUGAUAAAGUUCGAGAAGGAUAUACUCAGCAACUCCAUAGAUCACUGAAGCUUCUAUCUGCUUUUGUUCUCCCCUGUUUUCUCGCAGAUAGUGCUUAUAAAAUAUGGUGGUUCGCCUCAGGUGGAACCCAAAUUCCCUAUUUGUACAAUAUCUACAUUAGCAAAAUCGUAAUGUGCAUAUUGUUGAUGAGUUCAUGGCUAUAUCGUACAUCCAUUUGCUUUCUGGUGUGUGUCAUUUUCCGGCUCACCUGUUAUCUGCAAAUACUAAGGCUGGAAGAGUUUGCUCAGGUUUUCAAUAAAGAAUCUGAUGUUGCUACUAUCUUGUUAGAACAUCUCAGGAUCAGAAAGAACCUUCGUGUUAUAAGCCAUCGUUUUAGAGUAUUCAUUUUGUCGACUCUGAUUCUUGUGACGGUGAGUCAGUUCGCUUCCUUGCUCAUCACGACUGAACCUAGCUCCCCAGUUGACAUUUUCACAGCAGGAGAACUUGCGUUAUGCUCCAUCACCUUGGUAACAGGGCUUUUUAUAUGCUUGCGUAGCGCAGCUAAGAUCACACACAAAGCGCAGGGUGUUACAUCUCUUGCAGCUAAGUGGCAUGCUUCUGCUACUAUGGAGACCUUUGAUGGUUUGGAUGAUGAAACUCCUACAGCCCAGAUUGCUUCAGCCCGGGCGACAUAUUGUGCUACUGCCGAUUGGGAUACAGAUAAUGAAGAAGGAGAUGGAGAUGAUGAGUUGGAUAAUAAAAACGUGGUGCCAGCUCAUGCAAAUACUGUAUCGUACCAGAAGAGACAAGCCUUAGUGACAUAUUUUGAGCACAACAGAGCAGGAAUUACAGUGUACGGGUUUAUGCUGGAUAGGACGUGGCUCCAUACCAUUGUUGCAAUUCAGCUUUCUCUUACACUCUGGAUAUUGAACAAGACAAUUGGUAUUUCGUGAUUUUACUUGGUCUUCCAGUCUUUAAUGAGGUUCAAUCCUCUCUGAACGAGGUUAUUUGAAAUAAUUUGGUAUUGUAUUAAUGUUAUUAUUAUUAUUGCCUGACAGAGUUACCAACCUUUUGUGAGUUAAUUUUAAAUUUAUAUAGAUCGUAAUAGGUAUUCUGUUGUAUACAAAUUACGCGAGCUUCUGUUAGGUACCUGGCAAAUAAAUGUAUGUACAUUCUUCUUCAAGAAGACUUUUAAGGUCAAAAGUUAUGCAGAUACGUGUACAUUUCAAGUUGA